AUGGAAAGUAUCGAUUCUGAAUUUGGACCAGUAAGGAAGGCUAAAGUUAAGGUUAGUCCUGGUAGGAUAAUUCAAGAUGUUUCUGUAGACCAUGAACAAAGUUCAUUAUUGCAGAAAAUGACACUUUUACCUAUCAAGAGACCAUCAUCAGAGGAAUCCAAUCCAAUUGAUCAACAGGAUGAACACAGAGAAGAGGUUUCCUCUAUUACUACUGACAAUAAGAAUGUUAACAUAUUGAAUAAUAUUAGAUUGAGCUCGAAGAGAUUAAAACCCAAUGCCUCACCAAAUGAGCAAAAUCUCAGUCCUAAGAAGGUACAGCCGCUUGAUUCUGGGUUUAAAAGAUUUAAACAUUUUUUAAUGAGGCAUCUAUAUCAAUCCUUACCACCAGAUCAAACUAGACCGUACUCUUAUUUACGCGAGACUCAUCAAGAGAUUGAUAGGCUUCUCAAACAAUCUAUCGUACAGAAGGAAAGCCAUUCUAGUAUUCUAGUUGGUCCCAGAGGAAGCUUCAAAACAGUUCUCCUAAAUCACGAAUUAGCAUUAUUAUCCGAAAGAUAUCACCAACAGUUUAUCACCAUCAGAUUAAAUGGAUUCAUUCAUUCGGAACAAACUGCUAUCAAUGGGAUUGCAACACAAUUAGAAGAACAACUGCGAAAGCUGCAUGGGCGAAUCAGGAAACCUGUGAAUGAGGAUACUGAUAUUAGUAAUGGAUCUUUGACUGAAGUGUUUGAAAAAAUUCUACGACUACUAGAUUCUGCCGCCGUUAGUGGCAGCCAGGAUAAAAGCGACAAUGAAAGUACGAAAAUUACAGUAGUUUUUAUCUUUGAUGAAAUGGAUACGUUUGCAGGGCCAGUUAGACAGACACUUUUGUACAACCUUUUCGACAUGGUGGAACACGCUAGAGUUCCAGUAUGUAUAUUUGGUUGUACUACCAAAUUGAACAUUUUGGACUACUUGGAAAAAAGAGUUAAAAGUCGAUUUUCUCAAAGGAUCAUUUAUAUGCCACAGAUUGAAGGUUUUCAACAGUUUAUAGAAACAGUUGAAGAGAUGCUAUGUCCGCCUAGCUGCGAUGAUGGCCUCAAAUUUGUGAAAUCGUGGCACUCAUUAGUUCACAAUGAGUUGUCUAAACCCAAUUCUGACGUGCACCUGCUUGUCAAAUUCAAUUAUGAAACUUUUAAAUCUCUUCAACAUUUACGCAAUGGGCUAAUUCCUCUAAUAUUUGGAGCGAAGGACUACGAGUCACUGGAAAAUUCCUUUAAAACUUGUAGUAAAACCAAGUCAUACAACCAUAACCUUUUAGAAAGCAGUUUGACGACCAAGAUCAAUUCUCUAUCCAACUUGGAACUUUGUAUUUUGAUCUGUGCUGCAAGAACCGUCUUAAAGGCUAAAGACGAAUCCACCAACUUCAAUUUAGUCUACGCAGAAUACGAGGAGAUGAUCAAAUCGAUUAAUAGAAGAAUCCCCACCAUGGCACCUACGAAAAGUAACGAGGAUACUACCGCGGUGAUAUUUGAUAACAAGAUCAAAUUGUGGAAGAAAAGAGAUAUCAAAAACGUUUGGGAAUCUCUAUUAGCACUAAAUUUUCUCACUGAAAAAUCUGCUGUUGGACUAAGAGAAUCGGCUAUUGCAGCUUUUUAUGCCAGUAAUUACCAAUUUCAAGGAACUACCAUCCCGUUUGAUCUCAGAAGAUACCAAACACAAGUCACACUACAAGGACUAAGAAGAAUUGUUCCUCGAUCUUCGAUGUAUCACCCAUGGACCCAACUAUAG